GGGAGUAUAAAAGAACGGGCAUUGGCCGCAAUAAGAUACGUUUUUUUUUUUCUCUUACACACUUACCCAUCUAAAAAUCAAUCAUGGCUCCCAAGACUGCUACUGCUGGCAAGGCUCCUGCCAAGACCACCGAAAAGAAGAUCAAGUCGACUGACGGCAAGAAGAGAAAGAUCUCUCGCAAGGAAACCUAUUCUUCCUACAUCUACAAGGUGUUGAAGCAGGUUCACCCCGAUACUGGUAUCUCCAACAAGGCCAUGUCCAUCUUGAACUCGUUCGUCAACGAUAUCUUUGAACGUAUCGCCACCGAAGCUUCCAAGUUGGCCACCUACAACAAGCGUUCCACCAUCUCUUCUCGCGAAAUUCAAACCGCCGUUCGUCUCAUCCUUCCUGGUGAAUUGGCCAAGCACGCCGUCUCUGAAGGCACCAAGGCCGUCACCAAGUACACCAGCUCCAAAUAAGU